AUGGAGGAAAACUUUGUCGCCGAGGCCUGGAGCCUGCUGGCAAUUGCCCUGGUGAUGAUCGGCCUGCGCAUAUACGCCCGACUUCUGGUCAACGGAUACCGCCAUCUCAAGCUAGAUGAUGCUCUCAUGGUCCUGGCUGGGCUCCUUUAUACCGCUGAGACGCUACAUUGUCGGCGCCUACUGGCAGGGACUGGCCAACAACAACAUGACCGACGAGCAGCGCGCGUCGCUCGAUCCGCACUCAGAGGAAUGGCAUCUGCGCGUGAACGGCUCCAAGACGCAACUGCUGGGAUGGCUUGUGUAUACAGUGCUGCUGUGGACGCUGAAGUCGUGCUGGAUCAUCUACUACUCGAGGCUGACAACAUGCCGACUCGAAUUCGGAUCGGAUACGUCGUGCUGCUGUUCACCUUUCUCGCGACCUUCUUCGCCAUCCUGUUCGGCUGUUUCCCCGUGCAGAAACACUGGCAAAUCAAUCCGGACCCAGGGCCGCACUGCUACCCAGCCAACUCCAUUAUCCAUCUCGCUGUCUUGCUCUCGCUGAACAUCUCCACCGACUUGUACCUCAUGUCCAUUCCGCUGCCGGUGAGUGCGAACCUGAUGCUUAAGAACCAUAGUCCACUGACCAGGCCAGAUGAUCUGGAAAUCACGGCUUCCGACCCGCAAGAAAACAGUCUUGCUGGCAACGUUUGGCGGAGGCUUUCUGGUCAUGGUGUUUUGCACGACCAUUCUCACCGUGAGUACAUCCACAACACACACCAAUUGAUUGUAUUGUGUCUGAUGCAUGGCGUAAACAGUCCGGCGCACAAGGCCCCGAACAAGCCGGCCGCUGGUCCUGUCGCGAAUCCUUCGCUGCCGUCAUCGUCGGCAACAUGCCCAUGGUCUACCCGCUGCUGCAACGCUGGUUCCACCGACUGCGGAAGGGCUGCUCUCCCAGCUCAAAAUCCAAAACGAAGAGCAGCGACAGGAAACGCUUCCAGCACCCGCUCAGCAUUCCCAACGACACGGCGUGGGGGAGCGACGGAAAUGUCUAUAACAGAAUCUACAGUCUACUUGAAGUCUAUCUCGUUAAGUAUUGAGACCUAUAAUGCUCUGAUUGAUAAUGAUGAACUUAUAUCUGAUAUAGCUGAGAUCCACUCUAUAACUGCAACGACUUCCUCGCCGUCUCGUACGCAAGAUCAAUAUCCUCCGUCCACACCCAGUUCAUUCGAUCCUUCAAGCUGUCCCUCACCAAGGGCAGACACUCGUCGUACGACUUGCCCGCCAUCUCCCGCGUUUGCAUCUCGUAGACCUGACCCGCCUGCCGGGCUGUCGCUUGGGCCCUCUGCGCGCGAGGGAGACGCACGGCUUGGUACAGCUGCAUCCAGCUCUCCAGAGACGACCGCUCCGGCGAGCUCAGGUAGUCGUGCAGCGCUCGUCCGAGGAUGUAUCCGUCUUCGAUGGCCUGGCCUGCUCCGGCGCCUGGACAGAAUCCCAUCAGCUGGCGGAGGGUCCAUGGAUCAACAAUGGCGAGUAUAUACUCACCGCAUGAGCAGCAUCGCCCAUCAAAACCACCUUGCCUCCAGCAAACACCCACCGGUCCAACGGCUCGCGAUCAUUCAACACCCACUUAGACGGAUUCUCCGGCAUGAGCGAAAUAAUCCGUCUGACCGUCCCGUCGAACGAUUCAAAAUCCCUCGCAAGGUCCUCGCGGUGCCCUGUGGCCGUCCAGCUCUCCUUCAGCCCGCCCAGGGCGCUUUCGUCCGUCGUGACAAAAGCCACGAUGUUCAGGAGCGUGUUCCUGCUGAUGGGAAACACGAGGAAAUGCUUGUCCGGCCCCAGCCAGCUGGUGGAAUAGCUGGGGAAGGGCCACCAGGACUGCAACUCGGAAAUGGAUACCAGUCCCCGAUACGCAAUCCGGCCGCUGUAGCGAGGGUGGUCGGCGCUGAACUGGCUGCGCAGGCACUGCUUACUCGUAUGCAGCGUCGCAGCUCUCCUCCGCUCAAUCUCGUCGACCAGCAACGAGAGAAACUCCGCGCGAUGCACCGGACACUGCCUGACCCUCCCUCGAUCGUUGACGGGCACCGUGAUGAUCUCCGCGCCGGUAUCAUACCGCCGAAACGAGAUCCAGACGCCGUUGCGAUGUCCGGCUAUCUCGUUGACCGCGUCGCCGAUGCCGAUCCGAUGGAGGAGUUUGGUUGCGUUGAUGCCGAUGCCGACGCCAGCCCCGAUCUCCUUGUACUGCGACGCCUGCUCGUAGACGUCGAUGUGGAUGCUGCCGUUAGGGCAGAGGUGGUGCAGCGAGAGGGCUGCGCAGAGCCCGCCAAUGCCUCCGCCGAUGAUGGCGAUACGGAAUGCUGCCAUAUGAUAUCUGCAGAUAACGUCAUCAUGAAAGGCAAAAUCGCUCUCGAGGAAUGCUGGGCCAUUCCGGAGAACUUUGACGUCUUCAAUCCCGCCGCGUUUGCCGGCAAGGGCGUCAUCGGCGAUGACCUCCAGGCCAACCUCCUCGACGUCCACGGCCAGCGCCUGCAGCAGAUGGACGAGAAUGGCGUCGACUUCAUGAUCCUCUCGCUGAACGCCCCCGGCGUGCAGAACGUCACCGACCCCGCUGCCGCCGAGAAGCUGGCUGCGCUGGCCAACGACCGGCUGGAGGCAGAGGUGCUCAAGAACCCGAAACGCUUCGCCGCCUUUGCGGCGUUGAGCAUGCACGACCCCGUGCAGGCCGGCCGGGAGCUGGAGCGGUGCAUGACGCAGAAAAAGGGCUUCGUAGGGGCCAUGAUCAACGAUUUCCAGAGCAGCGGGCCCGACGGCAACACGAUGCUCUUCUACGACGACCCCAAGUACGACGCCUUCUGGAAGGUGGCUAACGACCUCAAGGCGCCUGUUUAUCUCCAUCCGCGGACGUCCAGCCCGCUGAUCAGGGAGCUGAUGUGGAAGGGGAGGCCGUGGCUCGACUAUUCGGCCCUGGGAUACGCCAAUCGGUUGAACAUGCAUGUGCUGGGGAUCAUCACGGGGGGCGUGCUGGAUCGGUUUCCGGAUCUGAAGAUCAUUAUCGGGCAUAUGGGCGAGCACAUCCCGUACGACCUCUACCGGAUCGACCACAAGCUCGACCGGGCCCGUUUCCCCAACAUGCCCAUGCGCAAGGACCGUCUGGUCCGGGACUACUUCGGCUCGCAGGUCUUCAUCACCACGUCGGGCCACUUCAGCACGCCGGCGCUGCAGUGCGCCAUGACCGAGAUCGGCGCACGCUCGAUCCUGUUCUCCAUCGACUACCCGUUCGAGUCGAUCCCCAACGGUUGCGUCUGGUGGGAUGAGCAUGUCAGCGCCGUCGUGAACCAGCGCGACUAUGUCGAUAUGGGCCGCAACAAUGCCCUCAGGUUGUUCCCCCGUCUGACGGAUCCGGAGGGCAUCCAUGGCCUGAAGGAGAUGACGCCGACGGAGUGUGAGGUCGGGGGUUUGAAGACGGCGGAGGGUGAGGUCACGUAUGGCCUGUAUAAUAAGGAUUGGAGCAGGAGGGGGAGGAAGCAUUCUCACUUCAGCGAGAAUAAUCAUAAAUGUGCCACGGAAAGUGCCCCAAAAAAGGGUAUUAACCCUAGUGUCGUCAGCCCUAACUCUAGGAGAACGAAUAAGAUGCCAUCUGCAAAACGAUUAAGAAUCACCAUUAUAGAAAUCUUGAUAAAAGAAACAAGAAGAAAUGUAACUCUAGUUGCUGAUAUAAACUCAAUUUAG